GUCUGGAAGCUUACCCGACACUGAGAAUAGCUAACAACUGGACAACGGCGCGACUUCAUUCUUGAAGACUCUCCACGUCUUUUCUUUCUAUUCAAUAUUUACUGUAUAGUUCAGACUUCGGAGAAUAUAGAUAGUCAAGACCAGAUUUACUGUCAGUAACUUACAUAUAUUUCGUUAAACGAGGGAUUUUGGUCUUGCCGACUGAUCCAUCAUUUCUGCACCUCUAUCCGUCGACCACCAAGGAAUGCCAAGAGAACUGACCCAGAACCGGAUCCAAAAGCUCUGGAUUCCAUCUAAAGAUGAUAAACCGGCUGUGCCCACGCGUGCAGGGCGAGGCCCCCAUCUGGCCAACCCCCCCACUAUGAUCGUCAUGGUGGGUCUCCCUGCCCGGGGCAAGACCUACAUGUCCAGGAAACUCACACGCUACCUCAACUGGAUUGGCAUGCCCACUAAAGUCUUCAACGUCGGAGAGUAUAGGAGAGAGGCAGUUAAACACUACAGCUCCUUUGACUUCUUCAAAGCAGACAAUAAGGAUGCCGUGAAGAUCAGGAAUCAAUGUGCCUCGGCAGCCCUGAGGGAUGUCAAAGUGUACCUCACCGAGGAGGGGGGUCAAGUCGCAGUGUUUGAUGCCACGAAUACUACAAGGGAGAGAAGAGAUAUGGUCCUCAACUUUGGCAAUGAAAAUGGCUUCAAGAUCUUCUUCAUCGAGUCCGUUUGUGAUGAUCCCAGCGUUAUAGCUUCAAAUAUAAUGGAAGUGAAGGUGUCAUGUCCAGAUUAUCAGGACUGCAAUAAGACAGAUGCCAUGGAAGACUUCCAGAAGAGGAUCGAGUGUUACAAACAGAGCUACGAACCCCUGGACCCUGACAAUUACGACAGGAACAUGUCCUUCAUCAAGGUGAUUGACGUGGGCCGCCGUUUCCUUGCCAACCGCAUCCAGGACCACAUCCAGAGCAAGAUUGUGUACUACCUGAUGAACAUCCACGUCCAGCCCCGCACCAUCUACCUCUGUCGCCAUGGCGAGAGCCAGGACAACCUGCAGGGCAAGCUGGGAGGAGACGAGGGGCUGUCGUCGCGUGGCAGAAAGUUUGCCUUGGCGCUGGCCGGCUUCGUGGAGGAGCAGAACCUGAAGGACCUGCGCGUUUGGACCAGUCAGCUGAGGCGCAGCAUCCAGACGGCCGAGGCCCUUGGCCUGCCCUACGAACAGUGGAAGGCCCUCAACGAGAUUGAUGCUGGUGUGUGUGAGGAAAUGACAUAUGAGGAAGUGAAGGAGAAGUAUCCCGACGAGUUUGCCCUGAGAGAUGAGGACAAGUACUACUACCGCUACCCUUCUGGAGAGUCAUACCAGGAUCUGGUGCAGCGCGUGGAACCGGUUAUCAUGGAGCUGGAACGUCAGGAGAACGUUCUGGUGAUCUGUCACCAGGCCGUGAUGCGGUGCCUGCUGGCUUACUUCCUGGACAAGAGUGCAGAUGAGAUGCCAUACCUUAAGUGUCCUCUUCACACUGUCCUGAAGCUCACACCUGUGGCUUAUGGUUGCAAAGUGGAGUCUAUCUCGCUCAAUGUGGAGGCAGUGAACACACACAGGGAAAGGCCUGAGGAGGUGAAGCGCGGUCCAGGCUCACUGAUCCGCAGGAACAGUGUGACUCCUCUGACCAGCCCUGAGCCCCUGAAGAAGCCCCGCAUGGAGGGGCUGGACGAGCCGUCCGGCCUGCUGCCCGAGGGCCUGGCUGGACCUCUGCCCAGUGCGCUGGCCCUCUGCAGCUCCACACACCUGCCGCUGGCUCUCGCUGGACCGCACUGGCUUGGCAAAGCUUGUCUCUGCUCUUUUGUGCACUACCUCAAAAUGAUGUCUAUGCUGGUAUUUCAGAGAACCUGAACAGGGGGUCACUAGAUUGCCGAGAACGCCCCCAGCUCAGCCAAUGAGAUUGCUCCGGCACGUCACCUGACCCUUAACCAAGAAGGGGUGGAACUGGCGAGGCUGUGUUGGCGAGGCCUGAUGCUUUUAGUGUGUUUUUUUGGUAGCAGUGCCCAGGCAAGGCUGCUCAGUGCCCACAUCUGUGGGCAUAUUGUGGGCAGUGCCAUGGGCACCAACCCCAAAAAGGGCUCUACUAGCUUGAGCACUAAUGCUAACUAUUUCAGUGAAGCUGCUUCAUUCUUUUGUCUUAUUUUACUUUCGAUGGACUAAUUAUCUAAGUCUUGUCGCUGUGUGAUGACGAGGAAUGGCUACAGGGUGUAACAUGUUUUGCUGCUACUGCUGUGUGUGUGUGUGUGUGUGUGUGUGUGUGUGUGUGGGUGUGUGUGUGGGUGUGUGUGUGUGUGUGUGUUAUGGGUGGGUGGGUGUGUGAGAGAGAGAGAGCAAGAAACAAAAGUGAGAAAGUGAAAAAAGAGUAUGUUUAUGGAAUGGCAUUUUCAAUCAGGAAAGAGUCUUGUGUUAAGAAUGGGAGUACGCACGACAUUUAUGUGUAUUGUUGUUUCUGAUUUUCUAACAGGAUUGAAUCAAACUUUAAUUAAUUGAUUAUAUCUGAUUAAUGAAUUGCCUAGAGUGCCUAGCGUGUACAGGCUGCUAUCAAGUCUCCUGCCUCUUAGAUUGGGCUCGGGCUUCUGUCUAUAUAUUUUUUUAUAGACAUAUCUUAACAUUUCGUUGUAAAGUAUCUUUCUAUGUACAGCCACCAUAAUCUUAUCCUGUAAACAUAUUUCAUAUUGGAUUGUGUUGCUCUUUACGCUGUGAACUAACUGCACAGGUUCAAUAAUCUGCUCUGGUAAUGUCUUUGUACACUUGUUAGUGGGAUAUUUGGUAGAUGUUGCUUGUUGACUUCAAGCUGUUACCAAAACAGUUGCUUAUUUUUGUUUAUUUGUUUUUUUUGUAUUUCAGCUCUAAUCAAUGUAGCCAAUUGUACAAAGAAUUGUAAAAUACUGUUAACAACACUAAGAGCAGAGUUGGGAAAAGUUGUUGGAUUUGUGCCGGAUUGCCUGUGAGGUUUUUAUAGCAUGAGCUGUAUUGAACUCUGUUGUGGAGUUCUAUCAGAUGAACUGUGUCUGGUUUCUGAUUGGCUAAAAGGCGAAUAAUUUAGUCACGUGAUCUGAAUGUGACAUCUCAUCCUUCUGUCAUUGUUAACUAACACAUGCAGUCGAGCUUAUUUUGCUUGUGAUACUUGAAUAUUAUUUUUUAAAAGAAAAAAAGCAAUAUCAUUUUGUUAACACUAUUUAUUUAUUUUGAAAGUUGUGUAGAGACGUGUAUCUCUGAGAAAUGUAAAUAGUUUAUUUUGCAUUUGCUGGACCAAUAAAUGUUCCCAUGGAAACAAA